ACGUGGGGCCGAGGGGCGUGGGGAAACUGAGACAGCUGUGAGAAGGAUGGGUCUAGCAGCACCCGUCGGCCCUGGGACGGCUUGCGGCCACAAGCGGGCGCCCCGGAGCACGGCCCGGCCCACGCCCUCCGGCGGGCCACAUCCCUGCUUCCCCGCCCCGGGCCCCAGUCGCCGCCUGCACUCGCCUGCCUCCUAUUUGCGAGAGCCCACGCAGCUCCCCAGGUACCUGCCCUGCGCCCCCCAACCCUCUCUUCCUCUCUCCAAUUACAACCCACUCCCACCUACCCCAAGUUUCUCCUCUGCCUAUCUCGGUUCCCCAGGCCCCCUUCCUCGGGUCUGCCCCCACCCCCUCUGCAUGCACCCUACCAGACCCUGCGAUCCACAACCGAGGUCCUCGGAGGGGACACAGCGAGCGGUGGCGGCGCCGGUGACCGCGCCCCUGGCCGCGGCGUCAGUGCGUUGGGCCCCAGCGGGCAGCGCGCUGAGCAACUCGCUUCCCUCGCCGGCCGGAACUUCAAAGCCUUUCCCUGCUCAGCGCUCCGGUUUCCGGCUCCGGAAAACAGAUUUUUUUACUCUAACCCCUAUCCUCUUCGGCCUGCGAUGCCAACCUACGACCUAUAACAGUGCCUGGAAGAGGAAAAUGUUGAAAAGCAAAAUAGUCAGCUACUUACUGUUGAUUGCUGUUGAUCCAUUUACUAUGCUUACUAUGUGCUAGGCACGGGCGAGUGUUUUACAUGCCUGGCCUCAUUGAAUCCUAUCAACCACCUAGGAGCUAGUACUAUUUUGUAUUAUCCCCAUUCGUAGAAAAGGAUAAUAACAAUGGGAACAAUAAUUGUAAUGGGAGACCCAUGUAUUAAGUUCUUUCCAAAGGCAGGCACCAUCAAUUAUCAAUUCUUUUUUUUUUUAACUCAUAAAUUCUUGAGAUAGGCUUUAGCAUCCCAUAUUUCAGAUGAGGAAACCAAGGCAAUUAGGUAGUGGCAGAUGCAGAAAUAACACCUAUGUCUUCCUCACCCCCAAAGCAUGUUCCUAGAGUUUUGGGAGCCUCCUUGAUGCUCCAGGAGGGACCCCUGCCCUGUCUGUGGCAGCCUCCCUGCUCCACCUGGGCAAGGUGUUCUGUGGCUUCUCAUCAGCCUGGCCUUGAACCACAGGUGCUUCACCAGCACAGCAGGAGGUAUGGCGGGCGUGGAGCAGCACGAGGGCACCAUCCAGGUGCAGGGCCAGAGCCUCUUUUUCCGAGAGGCUCACCCGGGCAGUGGGCAGGCCACCCGCUUCUCCGUGCUGCUGUUGCAUGGCAUACGCUUCUCCUCCGAGACCUGGCAGAACCUAGGCACGCUGCACAGGCUGGCCCAGGCUGGCUACUGGGCUGUGGCCAUUGACCUGCCAGGUCUGGGGCGAUCCAAGGAAGCAACAGCCCCUGCCCCUGUUGGGGAGCUGGUCCCCAGCAGCUUUCUGGCAACUGUGGUGGAUGCCUUGGAUAUGGGCCCCCCAGUCGUGAUCAGCCCAUCGUUGAGUGGCAUGUACUCCCUGCCCUUCCUCGUGGCCCCAGGCUCCCAGAUCCGGGGCUAUGUGCCAGUGGCCCCCAUCUGCACUGACAAAAUCAAUGCUGCCGACUAUGCCAGAGUGAAGACCUCGGUUCUUAUCGUGUAUGGAGACCAGGACCCCAUGGGUCAGACCAGCUUUGAGCACCUGAAGCAGCUGCCCAACCACCGGGUGUUAGUCAUGGAGGGGGCGGGGCACCCCUGUUACCUUGACAAACCCGAGGAGUGGCAUACAGGGCUGCUGGAUUUCCUGCAGGAGCUAGCAUGAGGCGCAGCCCUGCUGAUGGGGGUGGGCCACUUGCCUGCCUUGGGCUCUCUCUCACUCAUUCUCUCUCCUUCCCUUCGUGGGCUCCUGCUCAUCCUGCACAUCCAACAGGUGUGUCUUUCUAUCUGAGUUCUUUUAGGGUCUGUCUUUUCCUCUUCUUUCUCUUGCAGUGACAGACUGAAGAGGUGAAAUCAAGAGAAAAAAAUUCAGGAAUCAAGGGACAUAAUCUGGUGGAGGGUAAUCCAUUAGAUGAGCUUCUCCUAUAGGCUUUCCUGCUCGGCUUGCAUUCCUUCCUCUGCUCUGCCCAGCCUCCCCCCACCUCCCAGCUCCUCCUUUGGCUGCCCUGCUGGGCACAAACACCCCCUACCUUCACCUCUUAGGCCACAAAUACAUACAUGCCCACAUGCAUGCAUACACAUUACAGUCAUCUAUGUUCCCAAAUAUGAUCCUUCACUUGGGGGCAACCACACAGGUACAUGCAACUGUGGGCUGACACGCACACUCUCACAGCAGCUUUGCAUUGCAUGCACAGGCACACACACACAUACUCUGUCCCCACACAAGCACUUGCACAGGCACAUGCUGCCCUCCCCACCCAUUCAGCACCCCAUGGCUGGGAAGGUGGGGACACCAUGAGGCCAGCCCUUGCAGGAGACCCUCUACCAAGCUUAGGGUGUGGCCAGCUUUGAACUUCACUCACCCACAGGUUGCAGCUGGCCCCCAGAUCAGAAAUGCCCACAAAAGGGAAGGGCCAUCACUUCGACCCUCAGAUCUCCCAGCUUUUCCACUUUCUUCUGGGUGCUCCACAGCUCCCCAGGUUAUUAGGCCUGGGUCUUCUCAGCCAAGCUAGUUUCCUGCUCUGAGUUUUGGGGGGUGGGGAGACAGAGAUUGGAGGUCUGUGAAAUAAAGUGAUGCA